AUGGUGGACUGGAGGCGAGGGAGCGUCACGGCGUCCGCGGCGUCCGCUCCGGCUCGAAUGGCGUUGUUGCUGCGUGGCUCGUCCGCAAUCCGCAGGCUCCGUUUUUUCUGUCAACACCAAAGUUGUUCUUGUCUUUGGAUUGUGAAGGCAUCAGGCGAGGGACUGUGCUGGGUUGCGCGUUGCAGGCUUCAUAAAUCCGCUCACGCUAUCGCCUCGAUUGCCAGACGCCUGUUUUGGCUGCUCUAAUGGUUCUUAAGAGCGUCUGGAGGAUGGCGCUCUAUUGCGUCGUUGCCUUUUGGCCUCAGCAUCUUCUGAUCUCUUACUGUUUUCUUUUCAUAUGUGUCGCGCGAUUUUAUUAUGCUACGAAUACUAUAAAAUUUUAGUGACGUUCAUACAAAAAUAAAAAUAAAAACUCACCGAAUCCUUCUCCGUUCUAGCGUAAUGCAACUUUCAAAAACAAUGGGGAAAAUUUUGUUCUAGAUUUCACAACUAAUAUGGCCCGGAUCAUGGCUGUAAUUUUUGGAUUACUGUGGCGCGAAAUUCGGUUUGAAACAAGAAUUUCAUAUUUAAAACUUUUGUGUAAAACUAUUCGAGCCGAUUUGAAUUGGUCUCGUUUUUUUUUCUUUUUUUUUGCCGAAGUCCAAGGAUUGUGGCCAUGUAGGUAAUAAUGAAAGACAAAGAAAAUGUAUAGUUUAGGCGCCACGGAAUUCGAAAUUUAUGUGAACUUUAUAAAACAUGAUUUGCAGUUUGAGACCUCGUGAGAACUCGAAGCUGGUGUUUUUCAAUUCCGAGGGUCGAAAUUGGAAAAAAAAUUAGAAGUUAUUUUCAAUGGGAUUUGAUCUGUUUUGAAAAAUAAGAAAUAAUCCAAAAUUUCACAAGCAAAAGAAAAAAUUAGUGUCUCUGUCGUAUAUGAUAUUUCAAAAGUUACUAAGAUAACUCGAAAAAUUUUGAUUCUCGGGCUCCUGAGAGCAUUCUUCCUUGCGGAAGAAUCAACCAAAAAACAACAAAAACGUUGCUUCCGGCAUACCGAGAAAAAAAAAGCAAAACAAGGAAAAAGGUUUGAUAAUCAAGUGGAACUUGGACCUGUUAAAAACUAAAAGAAAGUUGAUGAGCUCGACAGUCUCCAAAGGCACCAACAGAAAGAAACGGACGUCAUUUUCACCUGUAUUUAUGAACAAGCAUCUUUUUCUUUUUUUUUUCAAUUUUUCUAUUUAAAUCUCGAUCUUCGGCGUGUGUCGUUUUCUUUUUAGGUCCAGGUCGCUUUUUAAUAUACAUAAAGUCUCCCGCUGCUUCAUAUCGUUUUAUCAUUUCUCUUACUCCAUGGACGGUGAUUUCAAACUGCUGUGAAAGAAAAUUACCUUUCUUGGGUUCUCGUUCUGAUAGCCGGACACAACAACUUUGGACGCUUCCUCCGUCAAGUACCGACUUUUCAGUUUAGACUUCCCACCUGGAGCAUAAUUGGUGUGUACCUCGUAGAAACUCGGAUAAUUAAUUCAAAAUAAAAAGUUGAAAUCUUUUUUUUUUCUUAAUUUGUUGUCUUAAUUUGGUUCUAGCGCGAAUUAUAAGCCCUUAGGUCAUUUUCUAUGUAUAUUUUGUAUUCAAAAAAUUGGGUAAUGUAUAAUUUUUAACUUAAAUUUGCCUUUUGGCUUCUUCUAGCAGAGUUGAAGCAGCCUUGUUUCAUCUUCUUAAUCUAGUAAAUCUUUCAACUAGAUAUGGAAACGUGGAAACUCGAGAAUUAUGUUUCUAAUUAAUCAAGGCUUGAACUCAGUUUAGAUAUGAGUGAAGAAAAAAAAAUAAAACUCGGGUGUCGUCUUUGAUAAAAUUCAGAAGAAGGAGCACGUAAAGAAUAAUUAACUGUCUGUUUUCCGUUGAAGCCUGAAGUGAUAAUAACCUGUAUAAUCUGAAAUCUUGGGCAUCGUAAUGCAUUCUUCCUUUCGGAAAAAUCAGCCUAAAAACAACAAAAAAAUUGUUUCCGGCAUACCAAGAAAUAAAAGAUUUUCAAAUACAUCCAUCUUUGUUAUGGAUAUAUUUGAAAAAUAAUCAAUCUAUGUGAUUUGAUUAAAUUUUUGAUUUUUUUGGAAGAAGUGAAAGGCUCGGUUGCUUAACGAUUCGAGUUGGACAGUAAAUAUCUUUUAGUUUCGAACGCAACUAUAUUUUAUCUAUGUUUCGAAAUGGAUUCCAAAAUAAGUUAGUAACUUAACUCGAUAAGUUUUCAUUCUUGGGCUCCUGAGAGCAUUUUUCAUUUCGGAAGAAUCAACUUAAAAACAAAGUUGGAGGCGUGCGCAAAGUCCUCUUAUAAUGAAUAUUUAUCGUGCAAUAAAUCAGACAUAGAUGGUGGGAGUUUAAAAGGGGAAGGAUGGGUUGAAAGCGAGGGAGCAGCACGGCGUCUGUUCCGGCUCGACUGGCGAUGGUGCUGGCUGGAUCGUCGGCGGUCGGUCGGCUCCGAUUCUUCCGUAAGAACAAAGUUAUUCUUGCCUUCAGAAAGUGGAAGCGUCUGGCGAGGGACUGUGCGAGGCUACGGAGGCGCAGGCUUUAUCAAUCCGCCUGCGCGGUUGCCUCGCGCCAGACGCCUAUGAUUUGGCUUCUCUAAUGGCCUUUGGAGGCGUCUGGAGGAUGACGGUCCGUUGCGUCAUCGGCUUACGGCCUCAGCAAAAGAGCCAAGAGAUCUUCUGA